AUGUCAAACACAAACAGACCCGAUCUGUCCUCCGAUGCUCUUUGGUAUGAGCGUGCCACUCUAAUAGGCGGCCUUGCAUGUUGGAUGACUUUUGGGAUGAUCUGUGUUGUCUGUCUGCAGACCAUGCAUCUCCUCAUCGAGGAUCCUCCCAGACGAGGGACUAAGCGAAACAAGACGCUCAUCGUGUUCACACUCGUGAUGUUCUCCCUUGCUGUAGCAUACGCUGGAUCGUAUGCGCGCAACUAUCAGUUGGAGUUCAUCGAUAACCGUGACUAUCCUGGUGGGCCGAUGGCCUGGGGACGAACCCAGUACGCAAGUGGGCCUCUUGCGGCGUUCAACGUGAUCGGCGUGGUGAUCUCAUGGUUGGCUGACGGAUUUUUAUUGUAUCGCUGCCUAGCGAUAUUUCGCUUCAAAUAUUACCUCCUAAUAUCCCUGGUAUUAGUGUACCUUGCCAACAUAGUAUUUGGCAUUUUCUUUCUUUGGGAGUCCAUGCGACCUGGCGCCAGCGUUUACAGUAACAACACCGUUGACUGGGGGCUUGCUCAUAUGUUCCUCACCGCCGCUCUCAACAUCAUUCUUCCGACCCUUAUCGCCGGCCGCCUAUUAUUAUUUAGACGAAGACUUCGAGAAGCGCUUGAAGAUUCUGACGCCUUGUCCGCGCCCUACGUGUCAAUUGCAGCCAUGGUGAUUGAAAGCUCCAUGAUCUGUGCCGUCUCGUCCAUUGUCCUCGCAAUACCAUAUGCGCUCAAUAGUCAUGUGGUCAACAUAGUUGGGCCAUCGAGCUUCCUCAUGCCUGUUCUUUCCACCAUCCUCAUCAACAUGCGAGUCGCAUUACGCCGCGCUUGGGACUCACGGACCAUGGCAGCAGCAUCUUCGUGCCUCUCCGGCCCUCAGCGGGCAAUGACAUCACUGGAGUUUGUCGGAACCGCGCAAGGACUUGAGAGUUUUGCAGAGAUGGAGGAAAGCGGCAGUGCCGAUGGCAGAGGGCUCAUGGGAAUGACUGCCACGAGGGAAGCCGUACGUGGAACAGAACAAGAAGUGAUAUCUGUUGUAACGAAGAAGUGUAUCACAAGGGGCAAAGAUAUGAGAUCAUCGUCUGAACUGGUUCGAGUUGUUAAGAGGAGGAUCGACGAAGAAGAGACAACUGAGAAUACACUCGCGCACUCCGCGUGUGGCCCAACGCGACACGUUUUCUUCCUUCCGCUCGCAAUGAGUAUACUCCUUUAUUUGUUCUUCGGCCUCUUUGCCAUAUUUCUUCUCUUUUUGAACAAGAAGAAAUCAAAAGCUCUGGUGACAUCUACUGGCACGUUCUCCCCGACAGCGAAGCUCUGUCGGCCAAAAGAGAACAGAGAUGAUUGUCAAGUCUGUAGUAAGACGCCCGAGGGUGAUGAGUCUCUGAAACGAUGUUCUAUCUGUAAGAACAGGUUUUACUGUAGUUCCCGAUGUCAGAAGCGAGACUGGAAAAAGCAUAAAGUGGACUGCUCCUUAUUACCAUCUGAGCCUAUAGAACUACCUAUCAGUUUUGUACCGGUUGAAGAACUAGAUGCGGAGGUCGCAAGGUCGAGAGAGAUGUUGGGAAGGGUAUGGAACGAAUUGGAGGAGGCUGAAAAGGCGGGGCCCCUUUCAAAAGCUCAAGCCAGGGAGCUGCCUGUCAUUAAAGACCUCGCAGCCUACACUCUUUCACCAUCGUUGACCUAUCCCAACCCUAACUCUCUACCCCCUCUCUCGCACACAACUGCUUCCAUCACCCGUCUCUUCUUCCUGCACGAGAUCGCCCACAUCCGUCAAAAAUCAUCCUCCGAUGAGGACUUCGCUAAAGCACUCGAGCCACUCGAGACUUUCUUCGAUACACUUCAGAUGCCUUCCGAUUUUCCACAGUUGUUGGGCACGAAGGUGGUACGGAGACCAGGCGAGUUGAGUUCUGGAGAGUAUCAUAUAUUGAAGCAGGUCAUUAUUAUGAAGAUGAUCCCAGACAACAAGGAGAGUGCGGACAAGUGGUAUGAGCUGCUGAAGGUUACAAAGAAGGUGCUCAAUUAAGUCGGAAUGUUUGGGUGCUCUUGUUUCGUGCGGUGCAUCCAGGGAUCCAAUCUUUUCUCAAUUUCCCCUGAGCCUUUCGAUAUCUAUCAGAUUUUACGGAUGUACGGGCACACAUAUGUAUCAUAUAUUUAUUUAUGUCGGUAGUUGGGCCACGCAAAUCCACAAAAGUUAUAUAUAGCCG